UCAGGCUCACACAACUUGAAGGCAGUCCGUUAACAACAGACGUCCAUUAGUAACAACUGAUUUAUACUUCGAAUACAGACAUGCAUUCCAUCAAGAUCUUCGUACUCCUUGGUGUCAUCAUCGCAAGUGAAGCUCAAAGGCCAUUUUACGCUGGUUCCAGACCAAUCGGAUAUCCCGAAACAGAAACUAACAGUCUUCUCCUCAAUCGUUUUGGAGAAAAUGAGGGUCCAAUAGAAGCUAGGGGUGAUGGAAAUCUGGUAAAUAGGCUGAAUCAAAUGCCGUUGGAUAAGAGACCAUUCUGGUUCAUCAACGCUCAAGCUUACGACGAAUUAAGAAAGAACCCUCAAACUUACCCAGUGGCCCAGAAUUCGUUUAGUAACAAAAAUUGAAAAACGUUGGACACUUGGUUUGACGAAAUUCAAUGAAACAAUGAAAAGGCGGAGUACAAUUAAAGAUUGACAAGUGUUAUUUUUCAGCAUUGUAGAUGUUUAUGAGUAUUAUUAAAAUGUGAUAUAAAUACCAGUAAUAGUGGAUUUUUAAUCAGUUAUUGUUUGGAAAUAAGAUUUAUUAAUAAAUGAUUUAUAUUUUUUUAAA